AUGGCUGCUUCUGCUUCUUUUGCGAAACUCACCCCAACAGGACCUCAAGUGUUCAUCAACUUCCGAGGAAAAGAUGUUCGCAACGGCUUCCUAAGCUUUCUUGAGCCUGCCAUGAGAGAAGCCAACAUAAACGUUUUCGUAGACAAGGGCGAAGUGAUGGGCACAAACCUGGUUAACCUUUUUGUAAGGAUCCAAGAGUCAAGAGUCGCGGUGGUGAUCUUCUCUAAGGAUUACUCAAGUUCGGAAUGGUGCUUAGAUGAGCUGGCCAAGAUCAAGGACUGCAAUGACCAAGGCGGCCUCAGUGUGAUUCCCAUCUUCUACAAACUUUCAACUGAGAACGUGAAAGAGCUUAAAGGAGACUUUGGUGAUACUUUCAGGAAUCUAACACGAAAAUACAAACACUUGCCAGAAAGAACUCAGAAAUGGAAGGAAGCUUUAGAGUCUAUUCCUCAAAUAAAAGGCAUGACUUUGUCAGAACAAAGUGAUAGGAACGAAAGAGAGUUCAUGAAUGAAAUGGUUUUAGAGAUUCAGAGAUUGCUCUCGCAAAUCGCUGUGAAGGGAAAUCCGAAGUUAGAAUUGGAUUCGCAAGGAGGAUUUAUGGUCCCUGCAAGGAGACUUGACAUUGCUCACGCUGAUAAUCCUGAAAAAUGGACCUGGAGUGCAAUCUACGAUAGACCACACAAAGCGGAUAUAGAAAUUGCGACAAUGAUUAACAUUCACACCUUAAUCAAAAUAACCGGAGAUUUCCACACGAGAAAACUGAUACCAGGGACAAAGUACGAGGUGGUGUUUCUUGUGAGCCUAGAUGAUACAUCUUUGGGAUGGAAGAAGGACGUUACCAUGAAGCUGAAGCUGACUAUGCGCGAUGGAAGCUCUAGUGAGCAGGAGAAAGCAUUGUACUUAGACGAAUACAUAGGAGAAAAUUGGGUGGACAUACAUGUCGGAGAAUUUGAGGCACCGCCGAAGAAAGAGAACGCAAAGAUCUUUUUCUCGAUGUAUCAGUACGUGGACACUGACCCUAAGAGUGGUCUUGUCGUCAAAGGUGUUGCGAUUCGUCCAGCGCAGUAAAUAAGGCUCAAAGAGCAAAGUCUACAACAUAUAGUAAUUUCUGUUUAACUCUAUUUAUAUAAUUUCAAUUCAAAUUAAAUUUAAUGCAUGUCUA